AGUUGGGAAAAAAAAGGCUGAAAGUUGCACGCAGCUAUUCUCUGUUUACCGUACCAACAAGCCAACCGGACCGUAUCUAGUCACUAUCUUUCUCGUUUCGGGGCACCGACAGCGAUACUACUAACGUCACAAAUGUUGACUCUCGACGGUUCCACCCUCGAAGGAGGUGGUCAACUUGUACGUGUCGCUUUGUCAUUGUCCUCGAUAUGUUCUAUUCCAGUUCGAGUCACCAAUAUCCGAGCAAACCGGUCUUCAAGGGCCUCCCGCCAGUCGAGCAAGAACUCAUCCAACAAGUCGGGUAGUAGACAUGACCGCUCUGGGAACCGCCGCGUGGGUGGUGGAGGUGGUGGCGGUCACGGAGGCGGACUCAAGGAGAGUCACCUCGCCGCCGUGAACUGGUUGGCUGAACAAUGCAAUGCAGACGUCCAGGGCAAUGAGGUCGGAUGUUCAGAAAUUGUUUUCAAACCUUCUCGAAAGACGACGACUGUUUGUGCUCGAUCUGUACCGACAGGGAACCAAACGGAUACAGUCGCCGACGUCAUUGCUCUUCAAAAGCCAGGAAGUGUCUGGUUGAUAUGGCAAGCGAUAUUCCCUUGUAUCGCAUUACGUCUCAUGGAUCAUUCUCUCCACGAACCAUCUUCGCGACCUACAAAACCAUUCCGCAUCACUCUCAAGGGUGGCACCAAUGUCCCCAAAUCCCCGUCGACAGAGUAUGUACGACAAGUCCUGCUCCCGCUUUGCGAAAAGAUCGGUCUCCCCAAGGUCGACAUCAAUCUCGUUCAGCGCGGUUGGGCCGGGAGUGCUCCUGAGAUCGGGCACGUCGAACUCACCGUGCAUCGUCCCAACACUCGUCGAUCCGAACUGUCGCACCCGCCACCAUCAGGUCAUCAUGCAUCGAGACUACUCGAACCACAACAUCUUCUUGCACCAUUCACCUUGUCCUCUCGCGGUCCCAUCACGCACGUCGUCAUGACCAUUGUAUCAGGCAGCUCGACCACACAAUCCUGUCUGGAGUCUGAUCUUCGCCAAGCCUUGUCGGCCAGAUCGUUGCUCUCAUCCGUACCGGUAUCAGUACAUCCGUCAUCUGGCCUGUCCGGCGACGAACGACGUCUAUACAUCCUCCUGGUCGCACACACGAGUGACGGCCAUCGACUGGGCCGUGACUAUCUAGGUACAGGACGCAAGGUGACAUCUGACCCGGACAGACGGGGAGUGGUGACCGAAGCCGUGGCCCGCGUCGUGAGAGAUUUUACCAGGGAGUGUGAAUCCAACAACGCCGGUGUUGACGAAUUCGCAGAGGAUCAGCUGGUGAUUUUCCAAGCUCUGGCAGCCGGCGCGACGAACGUUGAACCUGCGCGGCCCGUUCGGGCUCAAGGAUCAGAUCUGAACCAGCAUCCUGAUCGUCCUGGCUCGACAGCUGUUCGGCCAAGGCAGAAUAACGAGACCGGUAGCCUCCACACGAGGACUGUACGCUGGGUAUGUGGACAAAUGUUGGGCACCAAGUUUGACGGUCACGGAGGGUGUAAAGGGAUGUUGGACUUGUAAAACGAAGAUGCCGGUCUAGAGAAUCGGAAUGGGAGAUUGGACGGUGUAGAUCAGUGAUUGGCACGAGACAAUGCCAGCUGUUCUUUAUCUCAACGGGAUGAAAUAAUCAGUAUGUACGGAUGGAGGUCUACAUAUGAACCAAGG